AUGCCGCAGUGCAGUUUUUGUGGUGAUUUUUUCUUCAAAUGUAAUGCACUAAUAACACAUUUAAAAAUACUGCACAGGAUAGAAGAAAAGAGUGUUUUUGCAUGUGUAGAAAAAGGUUGUAAGAGACAUUUUCCAAACCUCAAAAGCUACAGAAAACAUAUUCAAAGCAAACAUGCUUCUGAUGUUCUUCCAUCAGAACAUUUAGAAACACCCGAGACCCUCCCAGAAAGUGAUUCUAUGAGCAAUAUUGUAAAUUCUGAUCUAUGUAAUUUUGUUAUUGAACAGAGUAAUUUUCAGUCUCAAGGCGAGUAUUCAACUACCCACAACGAGGAUAUUAAUAAAUUCUUAAUUUUUAAGCAGAAAUUAUAUGAGAAUAAAAUAUCCUUUAUUUGUAAACUUUACUCUGAAACAAUGUUACCUCGAAAAAGCGUACAACAAAUAAUAGAAUUAAUAAACGAGUUGCUUAAUGAACCUUUAGAGAUGUUUGACAAUAUUUUUAGUACAUUUACUUAUAAUGACCAAGGAAAAUGGCAAAUUCGACAAUUUUUGGCGGAAUUUAGGGAUCUAUUUUCUGGUUUUGGAAGUGAAUAUUUGAGAUUUAAAAUGCUAGAAGAAUCAGACCUACUUAUAAUGCCCAUUACUUUUAAAGUUGGUGAACGUAUCGAAAUUAAUAAAAAUUCUAAUGUAGUUUCAAAACAAAAUACUGCUCAAUUUGUUCCUCUAUCAAAGGUUCUCAAACACUUUUUUUCGUUGCCAGGGGUUUUGUAUGAGACGCUAAAAUAUGUAGAAGAUUUAAAAUCAAAGAAAGAUAUAUUUAAUAUAGUUCAAAGUAAUUUAUGGAAAAAUAAAAUAUCAAACUUUGAUGAAUCUGACAUAGUCUUUCCCAUAUUUCUAUACUAUGAUGAUUACGAAACUGGAAAUCCAUUAGGGUCACAUUCUGGCAUUCAGAAACUAGGAGCUAUAUAUUGUUCAGUAGCUUGCUUGCCUCCCAAAUACCAAUCAGCCUUGGAAAACAUUUUCUUGGUAACUUUAUUUCAUUCUUCAGAUUUUAAAGAAUUUGGAGCAAAUGCUAUUUUUCCUCGGUUGAUUGAAGAAUUAAACUCUUUGAGAUCUGAUGGAAUAAAAGUAACAUUGUUGGACAAGGAAUACCAAAUAUAUUUUAGCGUUGUCCUUUUUUUAGCUAAUGUUGUGGCAUCUCGUGUAAAUAUUACUCUUACCCUAGCUUUAAAACAUCAACUAAAACUAGCCUCAAGAUUUUCCGAAUUAAAAGGUUUUGUGGAUCAAUUAUACUUUAAUUCGAAAAGUGAGUCUACAAACUUAAAAUCCGUUAUUCCUGAUCUUGAAAAUGUUAUAAAAGUUUCAGAUUAUCUUAACCCUGAAAAUUUAGACGAGUUUGAAAAAGAAGUAAUAGUUUUAGAUAGAAUUUUGGUAGGCAAUAAAGUAUAUAGCAAAAAUGACGUAAUUUUAAUCGAAAAAACACCCCAAGCCAUUUUUGGAAAAAUUUUUAAAAUAAUUAUUAACAAUAAAUCACAGAUAUUAUGUCUGUAUAAUAAAGUUAGAACGUUGGGUUUUAGUGAACACUUUUUUUCAUAUUUAGUUGAUAUCACAAAUACUCGUAACUUAGUUUUUUUUGAUGAUUUGUUUUCCUUUGAUACAUAUGUCAUCAUUUCAAAAGGUGGUUUUAAAUAUAUAUCAAUAUAA